AACAAUAUUUAAAUAAUUUAUGUAGUAUACAUUUAUGUUGCUUAACUAACAUGAUAAAUAGAUAUGGAAUUCUUUAUUAUGGUGACAGGUCCCCUUUAAGCACUUUAUCUUUUUUCUUUCUUUCUUGUUAAAUAGUCACUUCCUUUAAGAAAAGGAGAAGUUACUAAAGUUUUAUGUGUUUGGCAAAUUACCAGCAAAAUACAGUAAAUCACAUUGACAGUAAGCCAAGCAGAAAGGAAACUAUAUUGAAAAAAAAACAGGCUCAGCAAAAAGCAGACUUAAUCAAACAUUACUAUCAUGGGUGAGGUCAUUUUGAUUCCUGGACAAUGUGGGAAACACGCCUGGUUAUCUUGUGACACAUUUCAGCAUAUUUUAUUCCUCUUAGAAAAUUCAUAUUUGCAUCAACGAUCCAUGAAUAUUGAUUUUUUUAUUUUUUUUUUGCCUUAGAGACACUUGUCAUACAUUGCAGUUAUGACUUCUCAGAACAAUUUUCCAAAUACCUUUCACCAGAAAAAGAUUUAUCACUACAGCCAAAGUGCCGUUUUGUCUUGUACAUUUCUUCCUUUCACAGUCAUUCUGCUCUCUUUCCUUAUGGCAGUAGCACUCUAUAAUAUAUUUGUGCUAAGAGCGGAACUUGCAAGCCUCCGAGCUGAGCUACGAUCUUACACACAUAUUUCUGAACAUCAGCAUUCCGUUCCUAUAGUAUUGGAGCAUGAUGGCUUUGAUGGAAUGAAAAGACAUAUCACAGCAGAGGCCACACUGAAACAAAAAAUUGCAGCAGACAAGGUUUUAACAAAAAACCGGUCAAGAAGAUUUGCUUCUGGAAAUCAAGAACAAGUUUUCCAUUCUUGCUUGCAAUUAAUUGCUGAUACAACAAAACAAGUUGACGAUGAAGAUGAUACCACUAUCAUACCAUGGUUGCUAAGCUUUCAACAAGGGACAGCUUUGGAGGAAAGACAAAAUAAAAUAUAUAUCAAAGAAACUGGUCACUUUUUCAUAUAUGGGCAGGUUUGGUUCACAGAUAAAUUGUUUGUAAUGGGCCAUGUAAUACAAAGAAAAAAGGCCCAGAAAGUGGGUAAUGAUCCCAGUUUAGUUACAUUAUUUAAGUGCAUUCAGAAUAUGCCACCUUCUCAUCCAAACAAUUCAUGCUUUACAGCUGGUAUUGCAAAAUUAGAAGAAGGAGAUGAAAUUCAGCUUAUCGUACCUUCAAGGAAAACAAAGAUAUCACUGAGUGGGGAAGGGACAUUUUUUGGAGCAAUUAAAAUUUUGUGAACAGAAGCAGAAGUUUCUUUUUUUUUUUCAAAACACAGCAAAAAACCCCCACCAAUAGUGACAAUCAAAACUAGGAAUUUCUCUUUGCCUGCCAUCUUUGCUGAAUAAUCCAACAUUGACUAUUAAAUGAAAGCCACACAAACAAUGCCUUUUUGUUAUUUUCCCAUUAUUUGUAUUGAGAGAAGAAAGUACAAUUCAGUCCUUUUUCUGGAUUCUACCUUUCUGCUGUAAAAGGUAAACAGAUACUGCCUUCAAUAUCAAAUACAAAUUGUAUAUAUAUCUUUAAAACCACUGAAAAUAUUUAAUUAAUGGAUAUUACAAAGUUGCUUAGAAU